UCAGCGUUGGCUAGCCCGAGGGAUCUCUGCACACUAGGAGAAGGGUUCUUUAUCAAUCACUGUAGACUUAGCCCAUCUCCGACUGUACUGUCAUGGGUUUUCUCUGUGGUUUCCACAUGGUUCUGUUCCAACAACCUGAGAGGUGAGGUUCAGGGUCAAUACGAACCAACUUUACAGCCCUACGCCCGUAGAUGUCCAGAUCCUAAUGGACGUUACAGAAGUCAAACAAAUUGCUCGGAAUUUUAUGUAUGUCUUGCAGGAAGUCCAAUUAAAUUUAGUUGCCCCCGGGGACUGGUUUAUAAUGAUCGGGUCAGUGUUUGCGACUAUCCAUAUAAUGUUGAUUGUCAAGGCGCAGUUACGCCAAUGCCAAUUUGGUCUGACCCAGUCGAAUAUCCAGAUAAUUCAGAAAGCUUUUUGAAUGAGUAUUUCUCAAGUAGUUCGUCUAUGAAUUUCGGUAAUUCAUCUACAAUAGGGAUAUCAGACAGUUCUUACUCUGAUGGAUCUCAAUUCCCAGAAACAUCACGAAAGCCACCUCAAACGACUUUCCCAUCUAGGCCUUAUCCUCAAAACCUAUGGAAAUUAAGAUCUUUAUCAGAAAUAGAGAAGCAAAGAUCUAUUACUAUACAAUCCGACAACAACAAUCAAUAUCAGCCCGAAGAUGGAGUUACUCGAGACACUACAAAUUAUAUUCAGAAAGAUCUUAAAGAUGCUUCUGUAGUGGAUAAUCAACAGAUGACUGAACAUGUUAUUCAGAAUGAGUGGACGAAACUUUCAUGUGAAAACGGGAAAAUUCUACGACUGGAUGACACAUGUUCCAAUGUUGUUGUUUGUAAAAAUCAUAGACCACAACUUAUCACGUGUGAUCCAGGUUUUACCUACGACUUACAACUAGAGGCUUGUCAAAAUCACACGACUGCUGAGUGUAGUGUAAUUACCUUCGGAAAAUUUUAUGAAUAA